AUGUCAUCCCAAGCACUGCGUGGCGCCCAUCGCUUGACAAAGACCAAGCAUGUCUUUGGUCACCACACUAUCCCCCUCGAGUGCGACGUCUACUCGGCCGAGGACUACCCCGCUACCUCACCCGUCUUCCUGUACUUCCAUCUAGUCACCGGCUCCAGAUCUUGUGUACCACCAUGGCUUGCACAGGCGAAAGCUUCAGGCUUGCUUGAGGAUGCUCGAGCAGCAUACAAAUUCGCGCGACACUUAGCCGCGUCCAGCAAUGCUGUCGAACGAAAGGUCAUUGCCGGCGGAGGGAGCGCUGGGUUCUUCAUGGCCUCUCUGACCGCCCACCACUUCACACCGUCCCCCAUUGCACUGCUCUCAGUCACCGGUAUCACCACCUUCCGCCAUCGCUUCUUCGACUCUUCAGUCUUGCUCACGCCAGAGCCCAUCGCUGAAUCGCAAAUGUCGCACCAUCUUGCGGCAGCCGUCUCUGUGGGAACCACAUCGGCCAACAACCCCCAAGUCUUUCAUCUCGACAAGCUCUUGCCUGACGGGACCAAGAACGCCAACUUUGAUGUCACCACGGCCCCUAUCACAGAAGAUGACAACACCGAUGAGUUUCCCCGCGGGUGUCUCUACGAUUACUACUUGUAUAGGAACGAGUUCCCUGGGCUCGUCGGAGAUAUUGACCCGGGAUAUGAAUGGGCCAAAGCAGCAAGUGCUAAAGACAAGGUCGCAGCUUGGCCACUGACGACCAUAAUCCAAGGCAACUCAGACGAGGACGUCGAUCUCGCCGUCAGUACUCACAUGGUUGGAUGUCUGGGAGAAGACAAGGCCAAACUGUUUCUCGCCGAAGGCCAGCCGCACCGAUACGAAGCCACCAGGUUUCUCGAGGAUGACGUCGACGGGAUGGACGCAGUAAGGCAAGCCGUCUCGAACCUCGAGGCCGACGUUGCUCGUGUGGCCUAG